UCUGCUCUGUAUUUCAUAAAAUUAUGUUAAAGAUUUACAAAAUGUAUCUCAUGAUGUACAUUUUUAUUGGUUUUGUAGGCAAUGUGCUUUAUUGACAUUGUUUGAAAACAGAUGAUGCUUAAAGAUUGUAUUCGUCAACUUUUCUUAUUGAUUGUACUGUAUGGGGGACUACAUGUAAUACCCACGGCUUUAGGAUGCGAACCCUGUCAGUUUUCUGUUUUUACUGAAACGGUAGUUGACACUUGUCCUGAGACACAAGCCGAAUUAAUCAAAAGGAAAGCGGAGAAAAAAUGCGAAAUAUGGGCAAAACUUCAAAAUUGCACAGAGCCAGGGAAGUUUAAGUAUCACUGUGCUAUGAAUGAGCACGAGAACAAAUUGAUUGAAGUUUGUGCAAAAGAACACCGUAUUAACGGUCGUUGUACAGAAUAUAACACAUUUGGAAAAACCAUACAGGAACAUCAGAUUUUGAAGUGCAGAACAUUUACACCAAAAUGUCCCCCAACGUAUCUGUCUUCAGAAGCCUAUUUAUGUAAUGAUUGUUAUGACAUGGUGAAAUUACAAAAGAAAGGAUCGUGUUCUACCGAGCCUCAAGAAUUUUCCAAGGCAAUGAACAAUUCGAACAACACCAAUGAAAGAAUGAACAGCGAUUGUAAUGAAUCAUUGGGAUGCAGAUGCGAUUUUAAAGUCUAUGUAAUUCUUAAAAUUGUUGCUGGUGUUGAGUUUGUCAUCAUCAUUUUCAUGAUCAUAAGAUCAAUACAGAGAGCACUAAAACAGAGACCAAAGCAGAACCAGGACGAAAUAAUGGAAAAUGAUGACGAUUCUACUUUGAAGUUAUCAGUGGCAGAAAACUCACCUUGAUUUUUACUCUUUUAAGGUAAGAUUUUGUUUUUUUAAAAUGCAAUUUGAAAAAAUAUAAAUAUAGUUAUUUUCCGUGAAAGUAUUACAAAGAUAAACUUCGUUCAUGUAAUACGUAUUAGCAUGUGUUUUUUACUUAGUGCCUUCGUUCAUUUUUAUCGGCAUGAAGUGAUCAUGCAUUGCUCAUCGACUGGAAAAGUCAUUUUACACUCGAGCCAUUCCUUACAAGUCAUGUGCAGAUUGCAUGAAUAAUAUUAAACCAAUCGUUUUCUUUCUUCUUCUUUUUUUAAAUUACCUUGAGUUAAACAUUUCAAAAUGCAGCAUGAUGACCGUCAAUCAAGAAAACAGAGAACUAUUUAACAUAUAAAAGUAUUGUUUUACACAUCAUAACCAGAUAUUUUUUAAGCUCUCCGUCAACCCCACAUAUGAUACAAAAUCAAAUGGCACGCACGUACUAUUAAGAUACAUUGUAAUUAUAUCACAGAAACAGACUGUGCCUUUUAGAAAAUCAUUUAAAAUUAAAUUUGAGUAUUAAAUUUCUGCUUUCUAUUUUUACUAAAACAGUUUGUUCAUUAAAGUCUUCCAUUAAGGUAUACAUUUUCCCCAUUUUUUGAGUUAAUAAAAAGUCUUCAUGUACAUAUACAUAAAAUUACUGCAAUCAAUUUGUCGGUGUAUUUUGAUUAUUUCAUGAUUCAAUUUUGCAAAUUAUUUCAAAAACGAUUUGAGAUAGAAUCUUGUGAUUUUCAAUGUAUAUAGAUAUUUGUUAAAAAGGAUGUAAUAAAAAUAGUCAGUUUGGGUCGUCAUUGGAGUCCAUUUUAAAGGAUGGAAUUCAGCGUUGAUUGGCGACCAGGUUUAAUACCAAAAAUCAUACUCUCUCCAAAUACUUUAUUUUUCAUUUUUUUCUUUCAAUUUAAACAAAAGCUUCUAUAACAAAAAGAAUAAUUCUAACAUUUUUUUUUUUACAAACAUUGCCCUUUUUCUUUUUAUAUUGAAACCGUUCUUCUUUUAAAUUGGAUUCCUCAUAAUUGUUUUAACAUUCAUGAAUGUCAUAUAAUAAGGUCAAAGAGGCUACACAACUCUAAAGUUUUUAUGCUGAAGCAAGUUUACAAAAUACACUUAGCCAUUAUGCAACAAAUUUUUUUUAAUAUUUUAAGUUCUUUGGGUAUUUAUAGUUUUAUAUUGAAUAUACGUGAAUAAAAAUGGUGGGACUGUAGCAGCGCUUUGAAAAAAAAAUACGCACGUUGAAAAAAAUCUAAGUGCGUUAAAAUUGGAACCAAGUCAUUGUACUUUGAAAAUAAAAUAGGAGUGCGUUAUGAUCAUGAGUGUACGCCAUCAUUUUCAUUAAUAUUGAUGCAAAAUCGGUAUGUUUCUUUGCACAAAGUCGCUAAUUAUAUAAUCAAUCAUUUCAUUUAAAAGACACUUAAAUGUACAGCCAUCUAAACAUAAGCUCAACACCACAAAGGGUAUGCACUUUUUGCACAGGUUGUAAAUAAAAUGUGUAAUUCCUGGUCAUCAUAUUUGAUUAUAAGCUAAUAUUGAAUUAAAGCAGUUUGAAAUGUAGGAUCAUAGAAAUAGGAUGUAUAAGUUGGUAUGGGACACAUGUCGAUGUUAAUGUUGAUAAAAGUACAUUAUUUUUGAAAUUCUACUCAAUGUGACUCAUUGCUUUCCACACAAGCUUAGUAAUAUCCAAUGUCCAACCUAACUUCCUUUAUCCAAAAAGCCACACGAACGCCACGGCAGAUCGAAGAAAUUGUCAUUCAUUAAAAAUAACGACAACAAAUUAUAAAAGAUAAACAAAUCACUUAAGAGGGAACAACUCUUACACAAUCCAUCACUUAUUCAUUGAUCUCCUUAAUGUAUUAAAUUACAUUCAUAUUCAAAUAAAACAUUCCAGUAUCAAAAUAUUAACACAAUAAAGAACAUUUAUUGAAACUUAUAAUUAAAAAAACCCUGGGAGAAUGGCCUUUUAAAUAAUCAGUUUGAAAGGUCAUCUUGGUGCGGCUAAAGGUACAUGUAAUAUAGUUUAAGAAUACUAAAUGAAAUGAUAAAAACUUCAUCGGCAACACUGUUUUGUUUUAUGUGUGUUUUUUGCAGCUUACCACAGUUUCUUGUGUACGAUCAUGAAUGAUGAUAAUGAUAGAAAAAUUGUUUUCAUGUUUGUUUAACUUUUUUGUUCAUAGAUUCAACAGAUUAUAUCCUAAAGUGAUCCCAGAUUUACCAGUAGUGUCCUCUUUGCCUCUUUUUUUGCUACACCUUUUUAUUUCAUGCGUGUUUUAUUGUAUCAGAGAAUGUAUAUACAAUCUUUUAUUGAGAUGGUUUAAAGAAUAAUAUUUCAUUUUUUGUUGUAUGAUUUUUAAAGUAAUCUGAGCGUACAUGUAUAAUAAGUUAUAAUAUACCAACACACGCAGUAAUUUCAACAGAAAUAAAAUCCAUAAUCUUUGUUUAAUCGAAAUAAUGAAUGUGAUUUAAUUUAUUUAAUUUCAUUUCUAUGUUACCUAGGCUAUAGCGAGUUACACAUCGUAACUAAAAUAACAACAUGAUUUUAAUAUAUGAAAUUCGAUAAUAUACAGUUAUUAACUACCGUUUAAACGAACGAUCAAAAUUUGAUAUGGUAGAAUUGAAUUUUUCUCCCU